AUUGUUAUGUCUUUUUCUUUUACUAUAUCGUUAGAUCUGAGCUUUCUUUCAUCUUUCGCUACAUCAAUUUAUUCCUCAGAUUGCGUACUAUCAUUAAUUCUUGUUACUUCGCGAUUCGACUAAUCUGUCUGUUGAUUGCUACUGUUGUUGAUUGAAACUUGACCCUUUCAGAUUCACCACCUCCCUCAUGUCACUCUUUCCUUUGAAUCUGCUUCAGUUUUCUUACGAUUCGAUCUGUUUCGGACUCACUUAACUAUCAUGCAACCCUAUCAAUCAUACCUUCUUCAAAUUGACAAUUAUACUCUGAUUUCUUUGCUGCCGAGUAGAUGUCACUUUUACAGAUAUUUGUGUAUUAGUUUAGUGUUGUCAGAAUUGGGAAAGAAGAAAGAUCUACGUUUCUUUUAGUUGUAAAGUAGACUUGGAUCGUGAAAUAGGAGGAAAGGGGCUCGUCUUGCUUUUUUGUCUCUGGGAGUUUUGCUGUUUUUUGUCGAGGGUUGCUAUUCUCUUUUCGUUUCAUCUGUAGUCAGAGUGAAAUCAUGAAUGUACCUUUGUUUAUGAGGUUAUCAAGUGUUGAGGGUUUUAAAUCGCGAGUAUAGUCACUGUUUGUUGCGAUCUUGGAUAUUGUUGAAAAUUGGCGACAAAUGUGGCCGGAAUUUGCGAUGCUCUUGCAGAUAGUACAAAAACCUUAGAUGCUUUAGCCAAAGCCAUACUUGCGGACUGUUAUUUAAAACCUAGGUAGCUUUGCCUUUGGCAUCUUUGAAUUUGCACUCGUGGCUUGAUUUGGUGAGGGCACUGUCUUAUGACACUUGUUCCUUUUUUAAGGAUUAUUAGGCGAGAGUCUAAAUUUUGUUUGAGGGAAGGCCAAAGACAAAUUUACGAAGACUUUCCCAGUAGAUUCUGAACUGAUAUUUGACGAUGAUUUCAGGAAGUUCUUUUCCAGUCACGUUGUAGCUGUUAAGUGACAUUAAAAACCCAUCGAAUAUUUUCUAGAAGCCAAAAAAUACUUCAGGAGUUUGGAAAAGGUUGAUAUUGAAGCCAUGGUUCUCGACUCCAUACUGUCUUCUCCUCGACUGAAGUCUCCCUCUUUCAGGAGGCAGUUUACAAAGGAUGAACUGGGUAGUUGGUCUACACUUGUGCAGAGGCAUCGCUUCCUCUUAUCUGCUCUUGUUCUGCUAACUCUUCUCUGUACUGUUUAUCUUUACUUUGCUGUCACUUUGGGGGCCAGCGGCACUUGUUCUGGAUUGACUGGAGCUCAGAAAGCUUCUUGCCAUAUGGAACUUGUUAAGGAUAAUGUGGCCAAGGGUAAACUGAAAAUUCUUUGAUAUUUCAAAAUAUAAUUAUAAUGGAAUAUUUUUUUCUUGACUUUUUUCCCGGGUAUAGGUGACAUGAAAUCCAAUUACGUUCUCCGGCUGCAGUAUUGUGACUGUGAUAUGUAUACAUACUAUUUAUCUUGGUAUUUGUGAGUCAAAAUGUAGAAUACAUGUAGAAAGCAAUUUCUUAGAUAUAUUAUAUAUUGAUUUUAGUAAUUGCUUUAUUGACAUAAAUUUUAGGGCACCGUGGUUGGUAAAUGAAGUUUGAGACUGCGUAUGCGUAAAUUAUUAUGGGCGGCUGGAAGCCUCAUAUUUGUUAUAUUACUGAAUUUAUAUUAAAUUUUGUUA